AUGUCAUCUGUUGCUCUUCAAAGGAAGAGAAUAAUUAUACUGUUGAAUCUUCGGUGUAUACCUGAAACCGCACGUACAAUAUCAGAAGACUGGUCGAGCAGUGGAGACUCCCGAAACGACGAGAAUGAUGAGAAAGAGCGCAGAUCGCCGCGAGAACGGGACACAAAAGACAGAGAGAAAGAUACUGAAUCGGAGAUCAUACGUGUAUUUGAUGGCAAUGCAUCCAUGAAGCGAAGGCUGUACAGGACAAUAUCAGUUCCAAAAAACGCCCCAGCACAAGCUAUACUGGAGGCAGCUUUGAAAACAUUCCACAUAUCUGAUGAUCCUAAAAACUACUAUGUAGCUGAGGCCUCCGAAUUCGCUCUGUUUGUAGGUGAGAAGGAGCUGGAUGAAUCAAAACCAAUCCGUUCCCAGCUCAAAACUCCGGACGGCAAACGACCCUCGAUAUUCCUACGAUAUCGGGAACGAGAUCCUGACAAAGGCCAGAUGAAAAUAUAUCCUGGUAGUCUAAAGGUGGCAUCUGGUCACAAGAACAUUACAGUAACCAGUGAUAACACUACAGAGGACAUAAUUAGGAUGGCAUUGAAAAAGUUUGGCAUGGAAGAUCCAGACACGGAAUCAGGUCAGUUCAGCCUGAUUGAGGUUCUCCUAGACAAGGGUGUGUCUGAGCGGACUCUUGAGAACUCAGACAGGCCUUGGGAGAUCAUCAAGAACAGCAGAAAGGAGUCGUUGCAUCAGAACCAGAUGACACGCUACUAUAAGGGGUUACUCAUACCAACUAUCUAG